UAAAGGUGUAUUACAGUACUAGCACCAGCGGGGGCGACAUUUUACUGAAUAAAUUUGCUUAAAAUUAUAGUUUUACGAACACUGUACAUUAUGCAUUUGAAAAUAUACAACUGAAGUCAACGAAAUUUAAGAAAACUAAUUUUAACUGGACUUUUACAUUAUACAGAACUGUGACUUUUUUUUACUGAAACAAUGGGAAGAUAUAUUUUACAAGUUGUCAUCUUAAUAAGUUGUACAUUAGGAUUUACAGUAUCAAAGUCCUUACACAGACGAUCCAUACCAGACUCAGUUUAUAUAAAUCUGGUUUCCGCCUUGUGUAUAGAAGAUGACGGCUCAGUUCGGGAUGCAUGUUUACAAAAUUUAUCAUCGAGUUUAAUAGACGCAAUUUAUAGUAAUGUGAAUGAAGACAAAUUUGGUAAAAUUAGUGAUUCGGGAAACAGUGAAUUGAGAUCCUUUUUGCUGAAACAGACACAACUUCCGGUUAAAAGAGGUCGUGGUGACAAAGCAUCCGGAUUUUACAGUAACUGGUAGAAGAGUUCCGAAUAGACAAUUUGUAUAUUAAUGACUAAAUACGAAAAGUAAAUACACAACCAUGAAUUGUUCAUAUCCAAGACAUUCAGAUAUAUGGACAGUCUACUCUGACUUUUUGUUCAUUCAAUUGAAACACACGAAUGAUAUCUGAGUUAUAAAUAGAUUUUAAAAGUGGAUGUCAAUUUCAUAAACCGAUUAUAUGGUUCUUCAUCGGAGCCCAUUUUUUGACAUGAAAUGUGCAGUUCGUGUAUUAUGUACUGACACUUGUAUAUAGGGAAGUUAAAGUAACACCAUUUUUAAGUCAGAACAUUUUUUCUAAA